AUGGUAGAACCUGCCACUCUCCAGUACAAGCUUCUUGAGCCUGUGCUGUUGCUCGGCAAAGAGCGUUUUGCCGGUGUGGACAUUAGAGUCAGAGUCAAGGGUGGUGGACAUGUUGCUCAGAUCUAUGCCAUCCGUCAGUCAAUCUCCAAAGCUCUUGUCGCAUAUUACCAAAAGUAUGUGGAUGAGGCUUCAAAGAAGGAGAUCAAGGACAUCCUGAUCCAGUACGACAGGACCUUGCUGGUGGCCGAUCCUCGUCGUUGCGAGUCCAAGAAGUUCGGUGGACCUGGAGCUCGUGCUCGCUACCAAAAGUCCUACCGUUAA